AAGUGUCAAAAAUUUUGACAAAAUAAAAGAAAUGUUUUGGUUAAAAUAAAUGGACUGAAAGAUAAAUUCUUUGGAGUAGGAAAGAUAAGAAUGGACGGAACAGAUAAAGAAAGUGUAGCUGUUACCACUGGGGCAAGCACAGACUCUAUAUCAGAACCAUCGUCCACAAAUAGUUCCAAGGAAUCGGUAUCACCCUCCAAGUCAAUUUGUUCAACUUCCUCAAACUCUUCAGGAGAGCAGCCAGCAGCAACGGAACAUACAAAGGUAUCAUUUUUGGAGUCAUCCAAAGUUGUUGCAAAUGAAGAAAUCCCUUUACUUCCUGGAGAAAAAGUGCAAGGAAUAGAUGAAAAUGUGACAUAUCUUUGCCCAUACAACAGGCCAAUCAAGGGAACAUUAACAGUGACCAACUACAAACUGUAUUUUAAAAGUGUGGAGCGGGAAUCUCCAUUUGUACUGGAUGUGCCUUUAGGAGUCAUCAGUAAGAUAGAGAAAAUUGGAGGUGCAACCAGUAGAGGAGAAAAUGCUUAUGGAAUUGAUCUUCUUUGCAAGGAUGUGAGGAACAUAAGAUUUGCCCACAGACAAGAAAAUCACUCCAGGAGGCAGGUGUUUGAGAAAAUCCAACAGUUUGCAUUUCCCAUCACAAACAAACAGCAACUGUUUGCUUUUGAGUUUAAAGAAGACUAUGGCAUUGAUGGUUGGAAGGUGUAUAACCCAGAAGAAGAAUACAGAAGACAGGGCCUUCCUCCUGAGAGUUGGAGAAUCACCAAAAUAAAUGAGAAAUACGAGUUUUGUGACACAUAUCCCUCUGUGCUUGUAGUCCCUGCCUCAGUGUCAGAUGAUGACCUCAAACAAGUAGCUUCUCAUCGAUCCAGAAACAGGCUACCUGUGUUGUCCUGGAUCCACCCCGAAAGCCAGGCUACCAUUACCCGUUCUGCUCAGCCCCUUGUGGGAGGGGCUCCACUUCGUAGAAAUCGACAAGAUGAACACUAUAUACAGACCAUCAUGGAUGCCAAUGCACAGUCACACAAACUCUUUAUCAUGGAUGCAAGGCCUCUUGUUAAUGCCCUAGCAAAUAUGGCCAAAGGAGGAGGAUAUGAAAGGGAAGAGUGGUACACGAAUGCUGAGAUUGCUUUCCUCGACAUUCAUAACAUUCACGUAAUGAAAGAUAGUUUGAGGAAACUUCGUGAAGUUGUUUUUCCCACCAUUGAUGACAGUAAAUGGUUGUCCAACAUUGAAGCGACCCAUUGGCUGGAUCAUAUUAAGCAAAUUUUAGCAGGGGCUUUAAGAAUUGCAGAUAAAGUGGAAAGUGCCAAGACAUCAGUGCUAGUUCACUGUAGUGAUGGUUGGGACAGAACUGCCCAGCUUACGAGCCUGGCCUCCCUGAUGUUAGACCCCUAUUACAGAACAAUUAAAGGUUUUGAGGUGCUUAUUGAAAAGGAGUGGUUGAGCUUUGGUCACAAGUUUGCCCAGCGUAUUGGUCAUGGUGAGGACAGACACUCGGACACUGACCGAUCGCCUGUAUUUUUACAAUUCAUCGACUGUGUUUGGCAAAUGACUCAGCAGUUUCCAAAUGCAUUUGAAUUCAAUGAGCAUUUCCUGAUCACCAUCAUUGACAAUGCAUUCAGCUGCUUGUUUGGAACCUUCCUGUGUAAUUGUGAACAACAGAGAACAGAAAAGGGUCUGAAACAGAAGACGGUGUCUUUGUGGUCAUUUGUGAACUGUCAGAUUGAGGAGUUUACCAAUCCUUUAUAUGCCGCCUCCCUACAGCAGCACGUCCUGUUUCCUGUAGCCAGUCUGAGGAGAAUUGAACUGUGGACUGGAUACUAUUGUAGAUGGAAUCCUCGUAUGAGACCUCAGGAACCAAUUCAUUUGAGGAACAAAGAACUAUUGAUGUUGAAGGCACAGUUACAGAAAAAGGUGGAUGAGCUUCUCAAAGAGCUUGAAAACAAGAAAGCCAAAGGAAAGCUGGUCCCCCAAAACAGUCCGCCGAGAAUCUCCUCCCCAAUUAAUGUGUGAAACACUGCCACUCAUUGGUUGGUUUUAAACAUAGAAGAACUCUUUGAAUCAUUUCAUUAGUGUAGAUGAAGUAAGGCAAUUCAAGUGUUUGGGUUCCGUCAUGUUCAAACGUGGAGUCUAAACAAACUCUUAAAUAUCGUCCAGAUGGACAAAAUUGUGCAAUACUUUUUGUAUCAAGUUACAAGUACUUAUAGUGUUUAUGUCCUUAUUAAAGGAUCAUUGGUGAACUACUAA